UCGACCAGGUUGUCGUCUGUUUAUAGCGGAAAUAUACCGAAUAGAUCAGUUAGUCGUUCAUGUCAAAGAAAUUGAACCCGAACCGUGAACAGAGGUCAUCUAUGUUCAACUUUUUUUUUGGCGCCAAGCUUGCGCAGUAUGCAACAUCGCAGUGCAAGCGGUAGGGAGGUUUCUCAGAAAUGAUGCCGAAGGCGAAGGCUUACAGAAAAUACUCUCUUGCUCAGAAAUUUGAUAUCGGUAAAUUGUGUUACACAAACAAAUUAAAGUAUGAAGAAGAGGCAAAACUUUUGGAAGCUCAUUGGGAUGCUAAACGAAAGAAAAUUAGUCAUCCUAAACCGAAAGAAGGGUUUCUUGCCAAGACGAUAAGGGAGGUGUUCCCUCACUUGGCUUCUCUACCAAACGGGCAUGCCGAAUUUCAAAAGGCCAAGUCACUAGUAUCAAGAUGCCUGGAGCUCUAUGUAAGACAAAUGGACGGCACCCUGGACGAAGAAUUGGGACAUGAACGAUAUCGGCAGGCGGGAGGAGGGAGGAAACCCGUCGGACCUGAAAGGAGGCAGUCGAUUUUUCAAUGGUUUGUUGACAUAGAUGGGUGCUUGAAGGCUCAUCUUCCUGCACAAGAGAUGGCUAAGGACCCGCCCCAAAAUCUGUCUGACCGGUUGUCCACAAUUACGCCCCCAGAUGGAGUUUGCCGUGCAGCUAUUGGCCAGUCUCCGGAGGAUGAAGGAAUUGAACAGUUGGACACAGAGAAUGGUGAAUUAGAGGAUGAAGAUGGAGAGGAGGAAAACCUCUCUGAUGUGGACGAACUGCCAAUGGAACCACAGUCAAUAGCUUCUCCUUCAUGCACAGAUUCCACAAGCAAUUCAGCCCAUGAACCUCUCAUGAGACCGGGACAUCUUGGACUACCAACCAACACUGACAACCAAGAAUUGAACCGCGAUGCUCUUUUUUUAAAUCAACUGGGGACAGUGCUUGACACUUUUGGGAGGGAAACAUCAGUGCAAAUGAUGCCUCAUCUCUGUCACAUGAGGGCUGCUUAUUCAAAGGCUUGCAACAGUGUAAAAAGGCGAAUGCUCCUCGACUCAUCUCUUUUGCAAAGGCUGUAUGCAUCAACCAAAGAGAUCCCUGUAACUGAACCUUUUCCAGACAGCACAGAGCCAAUCUCUCUGAAUGGAGAACCAAAUAACAGUGAGCAAGUAUCCCAGUUGAAAUCAUCAGAUGGACAUACGUAUCAGCUGAUGAAGACACCACGCGAUGGGGAUUGUUUCUUUAGGUCAUUUUUCAGAGCAGCAGAUUUGGAUCUUCAGAGUUUCCCAAGAGGUGAUGACAACUACCCAUUGAAUGAAGAUGAUAAGAUAAAAGAGGAACAAUCGAUUCUAGGCCUUAGGAAGAGAACAGCUGAUUAUAUGAGAAGAAACACAGUUCACUAUGAGGAUUUGGUUAGCUCCAUGAGACAAGGUGAACACACUGAAUGUUUCUCUCAGGAUAGAACUUUCAUUAUUACAGAUGAAGGUUACAGUAGUUUAGAAGAAGAGAUUGAUGAUAUAAGCAGAACUGGAGUUUAUGCAACUCACUUAGCAAUAGAUGCUGCAGCGCAUGUAGAAGGGGUUGUGAUCCAUGUAUUCCAGCUGGUAAAUAAGUCCACUGUCAGGGAGAUAACUACUGUUGGGGAAGUUAGCCAGUUGUCAACAAAAGAAGUCAAUCUGUUGUACAAACCAGGACUAAGUGGAGGAAGGUCUGGUCACUAUGAUGUUUUGUAUAAAGAAGAACUGCCAAGUUCCUUGCCCCUUACUGUGAAUGAUUAUGUACUGGUAAAGUAUGGUGCAGUGACCAUCCCUGCUGUUGUGGUGAGAGGGGGAAAUGAACUCGCAGUGAGGUACUUUGAUAAAGAUGCCACUGGAAGAUCUUACACGGCGCAAGAAUUUGAUUAUGAAAUUCUAGCCGAGGAUGUCAGCAGAGAACUUGUUCCCCCCACAAUGGAAUUUCGCGGGAGCCGUAUAUAUUAUAUUUUUAGUGAUAUUUGAAUGGUAAAAUAUAUUUUCAUGAACAAACGUGCUAAAUGGAUCUGUGUGGCAUUUACCAUGUGAACAAUUUUAUGGCCACA